CCUCGCCUGCGAGUUCAUCCUUUUUUUUCUGCCUGUAACCGGUUCCGUUUGCCAGCUGCCCCUCGCGGACGACUCAGGAGGUAAAAACAGUGGGUGAAGCCACCGAAGCGACGAUCCAACCAACAUGGCCCCCUCGACUCGGCCAAACAGCACCGGACUUGGCAUGGAAGAAGACGAGUCCCACUACGGGAUCCAGAGAGCGGACAGAAAGAUUAGGAAACCUCUGGUGGAGAAGAAGAGGCGAGCUCGCAUCAAUGAGAGUUUGCAGGAGCUGCGGACUUUACUGGCAGACACAGACUUUCAUUCCAAGAUGGAAAAUGCAGAGGUGCUGGAGGUGACGGUGAAGAAGGUGGAGGACAUACUGAAGAACCGAACCCAAGAAACAGACACGCUCAGCAGAGAAGCCAGUGAGAGGUUUGCGGCCGGCUACAUCCAGUGCAUGCACGAGGUCCACAUGUUCGUGUCCAGCUGUCCUGGGAUCGAUGCGACGGUGGCAGCCGAGCUCCUCAACCACCUGCUGGAGUGUAUGCCCCUGAACGAGGACCACCUCCAGGACGUGCUCAUGGAUCUAAUCACGGACACUUCGGGGAGCAGCCCCAGUACUUGGCACGGAGGCGGCGACUCGCUCUGCACGACUCUGGCUUCCCCUGGAGGGAGGAGCGUGUCCAGCGGCUUGACCUCUGCCCUCUCCCCGGCCCCCUCCACCACGUCCAGCGAGGAUCUGUGCUCCGACCUGGACGAGACCGACAGCGAGCACAACCAGAGCUCUUCGGAUGGUGUGGAGAGCAGAGAGGCUGUGAGCAUGCCCACCGUGGCCUUCCCUCGGUCCAUGUGGAGACCCUGGUAGGAGUCUGGGGGUUUGGUGGGACACAGCUGGGAUGUGCUGAAGCAGGGAGUGUGGGCUUUCUACUGAAAGAGAAAACUCCACCCUCCAACACAAGAACACCGUUUGUGGCUGCAGCAUUUCUGGUCUCGUUUACCCCCUUUAAGAAACCACAUGCAUGGAUUUUCCUCAGAACCCCUGGACCCCGCACUGAUGUCCAACAUUCAGACCUGUUCUAUAAGAGACAGAGGGACCAACUCAGCCACUGGCAGCCGCCUCGCUUACCCAAACUGCAGUGGAGUUACAGAUGACUUUAUAUGAGAAGAGACCAUGACUGUGGAUUUUUUUCAUUACCCACAACCGACUCCGGCCUUUACUGGGCAUUCUGGGAAACGUAGGAAAUAAUUAAAUGAAGUUUUCGGAACAUCUGAUAAGAAAACACCACCAAGGUGCUUUGAAUAUCAUUAAAAGCUUAUUAUUGUGGAGUUUUCCUUCGUCUCAUCCGUUGGGUCCUGACCUGCCUCUCAUGAGCCCCUCCAGCUCGGACCCACCCGAAAGUACCACCUGGUUCCUUCUCAGCAGUGACACCGGCUGUAAGUCCUCUCUUGUGACUUUUCUUUCCACCUGGAGUAAGAAAAAAAAAAAAACGUUCCUUCUCAGCACACUUAUAACCCAACAAAGGACAGAAGAGGAACAGUCACACUUGUUUUGUCUAUAACUGUGUAUAUGGGAUUUGUAUAAGGAGAAAAAGCUCUUUUUAGAAACUAAGAAGUUUGGCAAUGCAUCUGAUUAAUAUAAAUAUUUCUACUGUAUUUCAUAAAUUCCUGUAGUAUAUUGGACAAGUAGCCUCCUUAAGAAUGACCACUUUAUGUUGUAAUGAUGUUUAGAAAUGUUUUGCAAGUAAAAUGUCGGAAUUUCAUAAAUAAAAUAAAGUAACUGGAAUGCU